GUCAAGGUGUUUGCGGUCCAGCAGUGAUAGCCUGAAUGUGAAGUGUAUAUAUAAUGAAUGUUUGAUAUUAAUUCUAUUAAUUGAGGCAGAUACUGAACAAGCAAGACAAAAGAAAAGGCAGAGGUGACAGUUUAGAUGAUUGUAAAAUAAGUGGGUGCCAUGAAAAGUGAAAAAGUUCAUCCCUGGUAAGCUGUGUUUCCACGGCAACUAGUGAAAAGUUAAUUAGAUUCGGAGAAUCUGAGGAGCUGCACUAAGAAUAAAAGGGGUAUUCUACAAUGAAGAGGGGUUAGCUAAGGUGGCCGCCGCUGCUGCAAAUUCCUCAAACGUUAGCUGUAAUGUACACCUGCCAUGGUCUCAUUUUGCACAGGAACAACUUUAGGACUUUUUGGACUUUGGAGUCACAUUUGAUUUUGCUUUAUUUUAUGAAGCACAUUUCCGUAUUAGCGUCUUUCUUUUAGUGUAAGACAUAUGAACAAAUAGCCUGUUGAAAAGAGCUAUUGUAAUCCUUUAAUCACUUUAUGAGGAUACCAGGCUACAUGACAGCAUAAGAAGUAGGUUAAUCUAUUAGCCCACUGCCAUGGCAGCAAAUAAAAUGUGGGUUCCAAUCCACAAGGACAUAUUUAAGUAAUUUCAGGUCUGUUUUUCCUUUGGAGUAGGCCCUAGAAGAUAAUGCUUUCAAUAUAAUUUUUGUGCAAUUCACACAUCAUAAGAAGGCAGUUUAAUAGUUCACUUAGGUGCAAGUUAUAUUAAUUUAGUAGUGGGAUUGCACUGUUCUACUGUCCUUUGUUCUGUCCCAGUGUUUUGUGUUUAGUCAGUGAGCUCUGAGGAGCACGUCAACGCAUUGUUUCCGAGGAUCCAAGAGAAAAAGUCCAUUGUUGUUGCGAAGUUUUUAAUCUGGGGAUUUAAAGCACAUCACAUGCUCAGACCGGGCAGCGGGGCGCUCUGCCACAACAGGCAAACAGCUACUGCAAAAAUCCAUGUUGGGGAGGAAACUAUUCAUCACUGACGAAAACGUUUUAUACACACUGCAAUGCCAGCGCACUUUUGGGGAGUUUAGGAUCGCCGGAGAAGUGUGUUUAAAAAGUUCGACCGGGAAAGGGAAACUUUUUAUACCUACUCUGGAGAAACCUGACCGCCGGAGAUUUAGGAUAAAGAUGACGCUCAAGUACAGCCAGCGGUCUCUAAUAGUUCUGUCUUUACUGGGAAUUUUAUCGGCCAUCAUGUCUGUUUUAUCGGUCAUUUUGAUUUUCCAGCUUCAGUCUCAGCAGACGGCAGUGAAGGAGUCUCCAUCGUCCACCUCCUCGGUUAUUCCUGCUCAUGUCUGGGUAGUCCUGCUGCCCGUCUCCACGGUGCUCUCUGCUCUGUCCCUCACCCUUAACUUAAGCUCUGUGGUGGUGUGUCUGCUCCACAGCUAUUUUUCAACGGAGGUCUGCAGAGGAGAGCAGGAUACUGAAAGAGCAGACUGGUUCCUUUUGGAUAGCAGAGCUGUACGACAUGUGGCCAUGGGACUGUUCUGCCUGGGGGUUUCUGUCUAUUUGGCAGCAAUGUCCAUCUUUAUGCUCCUGAUAUUUGAGGUGGAGACAGGCAUUGCAAGCGCUUGCGUACUCUCCUCGGGGAUCUUAAUCCUACUGGUCGUUGUGAUCCACUCUCUGGUCAAAGCUUCCCAUAGUGCCAAGCACUAUCACAGCGACCACCUCGACACCCUCUACCAGAACGAGCACGGAAGCAGCAGCACACCUGUCUCCCGACCCUGCGAGCUCAAAGUUGGCGUGGACAAACCGCGGAUGCACCGCAGCCAGUCUCACCUCCAGCAUCCAAUCUCCUACCCUCAAUGUGGCAACCCGCGACAACGAGAACAAUACCAGCAGCAGCAGUACUCCCCUGCUGGAGGUUCCCAGGGCCACGUUAGCGAUAAAGACGGCUACAGCAGUGGCGGCAGUUGUCCCCGAAUGCACAGGACCCUGUCUACUGAAUCUGGUUUACUGCAGGCCCAGGCUAAACCCUGGAAUGGGGUCAACAAUGAGAUGAGGAGUGUCCUUGCACGCAAGUCAGGGAUUUCCGCAAAAGACUCUACUCUUGUGUGACAUAAAGGAAGCUGAGCUCGUGGGUGAAGGCCCUGGUGACCUUUAAGUAUGUCACAAGAGAACUGCUAACACAAGUGUCAUCUCAGACAGCCAUAGAACUGUCGGUUUGUACCUUUUUACACUCAGCAUGUUUAUCCUGACUGGUUGCAGACAACAUGGGACAGAGAUUAAGAAACAUACCUAAGUUUUCACCUUCAUCAACUGAUUUCUCCUGUUCAGAUUAUAAAGCAUUUUUAAAAUUGGAUUUGAACAUACUGAGCACAACCUUUGUAUAAUUUGUAGUGUUUUGUAUGAAUGAACAUGAUUUAAAUCUCACACACACCAAUGGUGCCCAAGUAUCAAUCUGGCAAAUGUAUAGCUUUCAUUGUAAUAAUGUAAAUACUUUAUUCUGCUGUAUAUGGUGGCUUUUUGCCAAAUGUUUGCGCACAAUGUGCAGAUGUGUUUUGUUAUGUGUUGUUCAAAAUUAUUUCAUAUCAACCUUAAAUUAAUUAAUUUUAGAAAACACAUUUUAGGAUGUUUUUUGACACCUGAAUAAGACAUUAAAAUAAUGUUCACAAAAACCA